GGAACAUUGAAACAUUUCAGCCAUUCCGUCCCUCAUCUUCUCUAAUCUUGCCAUUCUUAUAUCUUUUCUCGAUUAAUGCUUUUUCGUAUCGCCUCUUUCUUGUCCGUAAUUAUAUAGCCUUUUUGUGGCAAGUCGAUAUGCAGGUUUCUCACCUCGCAAAUGUAAUAGGACUACCUCAAUCGGCCGCUUGCUAUUCGUAGAAGCGCGUCUCUUUUCGUUAAUUCCAACCCGACAAAGUCCCGCCCACCAUGAAUUGCGAUAUCUGCCAUCGGUUGCACCACCCAUCGAGGCUACCCUUCUUCUGCGCGGUCGAUGCGAGAAAUGAAUUAUACGAGAGACGAAUAGCUAACGCUCGGAUCCUCAUGGAGGCCGAAGAACUCGAGUCUCGAGUCACCAAGCUACUGUUAGACAGCGACGCGAGUGCCAGAAACCCCGUAAACGAUCGGUCUACUCGAGCCUACGUAGAGAACUGUAUAUCCGAGGAACGUAAGGCUAAGGAGAGGACCGAGCAGAUCAUAGCGAUGGCAGAUAAGCUCCGUAAAGAGGUUGAAGCUGCAAAGAAAGAGAUACAGGAGCGCAAAGCCAGUAUCGCCCGUAAGAAGGCGGAUCUUGCCACCGCGGCUCAGGGUAUCUCCGCGCGGCGAAACCGAGAGCUUGAGGAGACUAAGAAGGUCGCGAAGAUGUCCAAAUAUAUGUGGGAUCGAGAGUACGAUGCUAUGACUCAAUACCGUACUGCGUUGUGUAUGGAGGUGGCCAAGUUAUAUAGACUGCAGCGCGUACGUCGCGGGAAUCCCGUCCGGUUCGAGUACAAGAUCGGCGGCAUCGACAUCGUCGAUUUACACAAUCUGAACAGCGCGCAACCUGAGCUUAUCUCAGCUUCUCUCGCGCACAUCGCCCACCUAUUAUGGCUUACCUCUCACUACUUAUCUAUUCGUCUUCCCGCCGAAUUUACACUACCACACAACGACUAUCCCAAGCCAACUAUCUUUUCCUUGACAUCUUCAUACCAUCAUGGCGACGUCCCAUUUCCUGGUACAUCCCUCAUACCCCCUGAUCCACGUGAUCGCCAGUUCACCCAUGUCCCACAUCCUCGACCUCUUUUUCUCGAGAAGCCCCUGUCACUCCUUAGCAAAGAGGACCCAUUGGCAUACAAUGCCUUCCUCGAGGCAGUCUGUCUGCUAGCGUACGACAUCGUCUGGCUUUGCCGGACGCAAGGCGUACCUAUGGGCGAUAACAGCAACAGCCUCGAGGAAUUCUCCUGCGUGGGACGGAAUUUAUAUAACCUCCUCAUCAACUCCUCCCUGCAGCGUAACCCCCAACAUAUCGCAGAGGCCGCUUCCCACACCACCGGUAACAACCCGGCCGAGCUCGGCAGAACAGCUCCCCGCAUGGGGCUGUACUCGCACGGCACAGCUCACACCUAUCUCGGCAGCGCGGCAGGUACAGAGCUCGCCCGGAGCUUCAAGAUGCCUACCGUGAUCAAGAUGGUCGACAGGCUGAAGGCUAAGCUAGUGCGUGAGAACCCAGUUCCAGAGUGGGAGCUACUAGAAGAUGACGCAUGGACACCAGACGACGCGCUUGAUGAUGGCGUUCUAGUCGGCGGAGCAUCGCAUACAGGCCAGCUGGGUGUUCCGGGCCACCGCUUCGGCAUCGAGAGUUAUAUGAGCGUCAACACCGUUAGGAGCGGUAGCAGUGGCGAUCAUAAUAAUACUACUAGGAUACCUGAUGGAGCUGUCGCGGGUAGAGAGCGCGAGAGGGAGAAGGGCACCAGUGGCUGGACGAAGAUAAAGCCUCGAUAGAUAGACCUCUGAGCCUCGGUUACCUUUCUCUAGAAUAGACGCUAGAUAGAGAGGGUAGGUGUGUUGAAUAGAAUAUACACCCCGUGUACAUUACAAGUGGUACACGGUUCGUUCUUGAA